CACACCUACAGACAAGAUGAAGGUUCAUAACUACAUCCCCAAUCCAUUCUCAACCAAGAGGACGACAGGGCAACCGGCGCCGCUGAGCGAUCAGUCGUUGUGUAAACAUGAGACCAUGAAAGACGGCUCCGAGACGCCCGGAGCAAGCUGCUCUACCUGUAUUCGAACGAUGGUUGAAACUGCGCAGAAUGUGGGAACAGAGUCCGAUAAGACUAAGAAGAAGAAUAAAAUAAAAGUCCGACAGUUCCUGAGGCUUGGACAGAGCUCCAAUCAUAAAUCCAACGCUCAAGCUAUCAUCAUCGAAUCACCUCUAAAAGAAGAAGUAUUUGACUUCAAGGAGAACCUGGAACGUAAUCGUCUGGCAGAAGCAGGGCAACAGCUGAUAGCUCAAGAAGAGGCUCUCUUUAAAUUGGGAGAGAUCACGGAAGAGGAUGAAGACAGAUUGCAAAAGGAUUACGAGGCACUGUUAGUAAAAGUAUGGAUGGCAGUCCAUGCCGCCUUCAGUGAAGACAAUCGCGAAACUCUGAAGAGCGCUGUGAGGGUCAUCCUCCAGGAAGAAGAGCGGGACAAAUAUUGGGAGGGGGCGGAGAUAGAACGGCCAGUGUGGCGGCCGAAACAUUGCCGUCAAAACCAUGACAACCUGGUGCAGAAGCUGGUUGAGGCACGGAUGAAGCAUGCUGAAGAGGAAGAGAAUGGAGCAGACAAGUUAUCGACCUCCAUAAAGAGAGAGGUGUGUCGGAUGGGCAAACGGGUGCAGAGAGAUCUGCUGAAAGUGGUCAGAGACAUACAGAGCUGUUACCCACAGGAAACUGAUAUUUGUGACAUGUACAUUCAGCUGUAUCAUCAGGCUUUCUCCCAGCACCUAACCACCCUAGCUCGCUCCAGCCUUGAAACUGAGGACUCUGUCUACAUACUAUGCUGGGUCAAUGAUUACUAUCCAAAGGAUGUGUUACAGCAUAAGGAGUUGGGGAUUCACAUGGACCGUCUGUCACUGGGGCCACUUCUGCGUGAGGAGGACUUGAAGGUGUUGGAAGAGCAGUAUGUCUCACACAAAGAGAGUCGGCUGAAGACGUGGCUGUCCAACGUGCUGAGGAAAGAGGAGGAAAGCUGGAAGGCCACUGAGGAACCAGAGCUCAUCAAUGAGUACUACAUCAGCUUGCUCGCUAUGGACGCUAUACACAUCAUUGACAGUGCUCUGAAAGAGACCCGAGCUAUUCUGGGCGAAGAGAGCAAACCCCAGUGGAUCUGGACUCAGCUGGACGGCUUCCUAAAGAGCUAUAAGGGAUCAAUGGAAGAACUGAUCAAGGGAAAGUCUGAGAAAACUCCAGCCAUACUCAAGGCCAAUCUGGUCAGCAUUGAGCAAUUAAGGGACUAUCUGGGCAGCAGAGAGUCUGGUCUUCCAGAGGGGACAAAAGUGAGCUGUUUGUCCACAGUCACAGAACUGACAAACUGUGCUCAGACUGCACUCACUGCUCCUAUACAUGCAGAGCUCAAGCCAAAGUACUGCGUUCUCUGGACCCAGGCCUGGUUCUCAGGGGGUCAGGAGGUCAUGGGAGAGACAGUUGGGAUUCUUGAAGAGAAGAUUCACGGUCUCCGUGACAUGAAGCCCUCUUGCCAUGAGGAGCUCUUGUCACGGUUGCAUGAGGAGGUCUUGGUGGAGUAUGUUAGGAGGCUUCUUAAAAGGAAACUGAAACUGAGAGACAAGGUACAGCAGGAAGCAGCAGCCACACACAUGUGUGAGGACAACACUAGACUAAACAGACUAUUUCUCAAAGAGGGGUCAAAGGAGGGCUGGCAGAGUAAAAUAAUCCCCAGGCUGGCUGAGGUUCUGCGCCUGGAGGACUCUGGGAUUAUUCAGCUGGAGAUUGCUACCAUAGCGAGAGAUUACCCAGACCUGAGUGAGAAACACAUCGAUGCCCUGCUGCAGCUCAAGGCCAACCUCUCCAGCAGCAAAAUCCGCAGGAUCAAGGAGAGUCUGGUGGAGAACAGGGGCUCAGUGAAUGCUGAGCCUGCCCCGCCCUUUUUCUCCAAAGUACCUGUCAAACGGAAUAUUCUAUGA